AGCCGAAAAUGAUAUAAAAGAUGAUCACUGGGAGAUAAUUCAUCUUACUAUGGAUAAUUUCAAAACCAUAGCUGCAGACAGAUCUUGAUGCUAUGAAGAUUUUCAACUCAAUGCAGACAUGUAGACAUUUUUCUCGUUACUAUGCCCAAGUUACCAGGACUGUUAGUAACCAUACAGCAGAGGCACAGGUGGUUGUCAGUUCAGCAGCUCAGUUUGUACCUACAAGAACAGAAACAUUAUCUAAUAAAAUUCAAUUCAUUAACCAGUUAAAAUCAAAAAUCAGCUUAUACUUUGGCCCAAAUGAGCAGAAGAAGGUGAAGUUUUUGGUGACGCAUUCUGACUUUUUCACCCAAGUCAAUUAUCUGACCCAGUCAGAGGUUCAAGCCCAACUAAAAGCCUCUAAUUUGGAACUUACUGGGUUACCUCAUGACAUUCUUCUGGUAGAGGAAAAGUUAAAUAAGCUGCUGCGUGACAUUGAAAUUCUUAAUUUCCAGUUCCCUCUGCAAGUCGGAACAAUCCUUGGGUUUAAUUCUCCAAAGCAGCUGGUUUCAGAAUUAAUGUCAAUAGCAAAUGUAUUGGUUCAUCUGAAAUAUGAUCGUCUCUCAGAUAAAGCUUUGAUCACAGCAACCGGAUUUGAAAGAGAUGUUAAAGCUUUUGAGAAGGAAUUGCAUCCUAUGAUUGACAGUGUUAUCUCCAACAAUUUUGUUGUUCCUGAGAAAUUUUUGACGUCCAAGGAAUUCUCAAGCUUGUGUCUGCAGUUGAAUGGGCUACCAAAUACAAUUGUCAGUGCUCAACAUGGUGUAGUCACUGCGUGGUCGAAUAGCAGAUCAAAUCUUAUGAGAGUUCAGUUGAAGCUUGAUAGGUUGAUUAAUAGAACUCAAUCUACAAAUUAUGUUACUGAAUCAUUAUCUCUUAGUAAAGUCAAACAACGUUACAUAUUUGUUAUUCUGAAGCCUGAACUGAGUCAUAACGUAAAUAUGAAUUGGAAGUCCUACGAUGGAAAACUUACAACACUUGAAUUGAGAGGUGAACUUUCCGAAGUUAAGAAAACUGUGUCAAAAGUUCAGAAAUUAAGCCACAGAAUUACGACUGCAACAGUAUCACUCACAGCUCAAAGCGUGAAAGCUUUGGGAAAUCUCACAUCCUUCUUCGGAAAUAAGGGACAGUACUUAGUUGUGAAGAAACCAGAAGAAGGAAAUCCCUCAAUCACCAUUACUGGUUUGGAGAGUCAAGUGAAUGAUGCUUUGCUGAAAGUAUACAAAACUCUUGAGACAAAGUGUAGUAAAAACCAAUUCUCUAUGAUUAAUACAAGUUUAUUAUUUUCAUAUUUGAACUACGAGGAGUUCAAGUACGACGAGAAUAAUUUGCGACUUUUCUGUGCGACUUUUCCUGAGGCCGUUAUAGAAUGGAAGUCGAAUCCAAACGGGUUGAUCCAAGUGAAAAUAACAUCGUCGCCAAAUGAUCUAUCCUCCAUGAAAAGUAUCUUGAAAAGGAAUGUUAUAGUUCCUUUAUCAUCCUUUAAAGAUACCUCAUCUGUUUCUACUAUUGCUUCUGUAUUACAGCAAAAUGGAAAAUUGGAAGACGAGCUUGGCGCCAGGGUUGCCAUCGAGGAAAAAGCAGAUCACAUAUUAAUAAGUACUAAUAAAGACGAUAAUUUAGUUGAAGCCUAUGAUGUGCUAUAUGACAUAACCCAGCGCUAUCAGCAGAGGCAGUAUACUACAGAUAGAAUGUUGCUGGUCCCUGGAAAUUUAUUGGAUGACAUAAAAGCUACUGCAGAAGCCUAUGAGGUGAUGGUCGCCUUCAGCUCUGAUUCCUCCAAAGAAGGUAAAUUAAUCAUUGACUUUGUUGGACGGUCAGGAAAUUGUGAGAUAUUUAAGACAUAUCUUGAUAUGAAACUCUCGAGUCUUACUCGAUUGGAUGUGACAUCUACAAACACUUGUAGUCUUACCAAUCGAAUACUCCAUGCUGAUGAAGAGAAAAAGAGUGAUGCGUUUGUAAUGUACCACCCCAAGUCUAAUGACUACUGGAUUGGCGGAGAAGAAGUUGAAAGUAUUGGGAACUUAAUAAUUGAUAACUGUUUGGAAGAGAGCGUGUUCUAUGGUGAUGAGAAGAUGAGCGAGUAUCUAAGGGUUCAAAUUGACGGACUUGCAGCUCAGUAUUCUACGGUGAGUAUGGGUAUAAACAGUGACGAAUUAGAAAUCCAAAUCAACGGACCCAGCAAAGAUGCCAGAGAAGUAACUCAGAAAAUCAGUGAUAUUGUUUCAGAGUGUGGUGUUUAUGAGCACAUUAUUCAAUUUGAUAAGACUUUGUACGAAGGGGCCAAAUUCAAUUUAUUUCGCACACUUUUGGCCAAUCAAUCUCUAACGUUGGAGAAAAAGGUUUCACCAAAACUGUCGCUCGACGACGACGAAGACAAAGUAAAACUACAAAUGGUCGGGAACAAAUCAUCAGUCAAAAAAAUGGUCGAGCAAUUAAACGAAUUGGGCAAUAUUUCAGAGACUUGUACGAGAGAUAUAAAGCUGCCAUAUUCAGGCCAAUGUUAUUUAAACUAUCUUCAAACCAAGCUUGGGGUCCCCAAUGUUUCCGACGAAAGUAAUUCGUUUUUCCUUCAAUCCUUCUGGGGUCCUCUGGUACAAUGCGAUCAGAAUUGCGACAGGAAAAUACUUCGAAAUACUUCCGAUCUAAGCAGAAAUUGGAAACUAACUCUUUCUGGAGAUGAGCGGAAUGUCAAAAAGACAGAAAAAAUUAUUGGAACCGCAAUGAGUGAAAUGAAUUUUAAUCGUAUCAAGAUACUUCUUGAUGACAUGAAUUAUGGAAUGACAGCCCUGACUGGGACGGAGUUUGUCCAAUCUGCUUUGGCUGAUGGAAUAGUAAAAUUUUACGUUGAAUUUUACGAUGAAAACACAAAAGAAUGUUACGUGAACGUGUUUGGGGAAGAUAGAGAGAGGGUGGACAACUUGGUGUCCAAGAUAAAAUCCUUUUCGUUACACGGACUGAAAACUAUUAUUUUUAAUGUGCACGAUUAUGUUGGUCAGGAUUUUCCAGUUAAAAAUUGCUUCUACAAUUCUAGACUUGUUGAAGAAAUGAACGAGGCCAGAGAAACGAUUUAUUGGUGGUACAAUAAAGACGCCCACAGAAUAAUCUUGACAGGAGCCCCUGAUUCAGUGGGCCUAUUUAAUGAAAAGAUAAUGAGUUGGUUUAAAAGCUUGGAAACCAAAACUAAGAUAUACCCAGAUCAAGAAUCGUAUGGUAAAAGAAUCCUGUACGAGCCAUACAAUGAAUAUUGUCGAAAACGAUGGCCUUAUAUAACUUUUGUGUAUGGUCGAAAAGAAAAAGCGGUUCACUUCUCUGGCAUUGGAGAAGAUGUUAACACUUUUGAGGAAUACGUAUCAAAUGAAGUUCGUUGCACUAUCCCUAAAUAUUUUACUAACGGAGAUGCCAGAUUGCAAAAAUCAUGCAAAUUUCAUCUUGCUAUGCUGUAUCCAGGGGUGUUUGUGAGUGAUGGAGAAAACGAACUAGUGCUGCAUGGAGAAAAAUCAGAAGUAGAUGAUGUUAUAACCAUAUUGAAGGCAGCCAUUGAAAAGAAUACAGUCGAAGAUAUUACUUUUAAGCUUCGCAUUAAAGACAAGAUGUUUGAUAUUCCGUAUACUGACGUUGUUCGUGUCUUUAUAUCCGUCAAAUACAAGCAGUAUUGGCCCAACCUUCGGUUCCAUAUCUCUGGACGGGAAAUUUAUUUCGCUGGACCAGAAAAAGAUAUUGACGAAUGUAGCAUCAUACUCGGCAACCUAGUAAUGUGGAGGAUCCCUAAUUCUGUAAUGGAGAGUGCCACGCUGUUCCGUGAUCAUCGAACCAAGGAGGGAAACUUCAGGGAUUCUCACUUUGUGCCUCCUCAACUGCUUGACAAGUUGUUCAUAGAUCGGGCGAAGGGUUAUGAUAACACUGGCCAAGUGACAGUGUGGGGCCUUGCUGAACAAAUUAAACCUUUGUCACGGCACAUAGAUGAAGUUCUGCCCCAGAUGUGGCUGACUCGAAAAACUGUCCUUUUGACAGAAAAACAGUCCAUGUUUUUGAGUGGUCCCCAUGGGUGGAGAGCAAUGUUCCCUCAAUUUGAGGACCAGGUCGCCUAUUCGUUCAGCAAUUCUUACGAUAGUGUUGAAAUAGUUGGUGAUUCUGAAUCAGUAUCACAAAUAGAGAAUACCCUGGAAAAGUUCACCACAGAGAUCUGGACUGUUUUUCAAUUCCCUCCGGGCAAGGAGAAAGUGUAUUGGAACUUCCGGUUGUCGGAAAAAGUGAAGAAAGAAUUUCCCAGGACUUUAUUCGAUGAUUCAUCAAGAAGCGUGUGUGGGUUUAAAAGUGACGUUAACAGUAUCGAGAAACUGUUGACCAAUCAAGUCACCAAGGGUUCCAAGAUGUUUAUGACCGAGAGAGACGUUUGGAAUAUAACUUUAGAGACUUUGAAAAUAUAAAAUUAUCUUUAGGCUUUUAGGCUGCCACUAGAGCAGCUAGGAUUUUAAAUAUCCUUAAACUAUUUUUAUAGUUCUUCCUUUUUGUACGUGGUUAGGUAUUGCGAAGGCGGGGUUAGGUGUUGCACCCCGCCUUUGUGUCACCUAUUUUAGAGCCUGUUUUUGAAAGCUCGCAGAUUUUUACUAUUUAUUUUAUUAAUUUAUUACUAUUUGAUUUUGUUUUAUUAACAUCAAUUUAACUAAGGCCUUUAAGUAAUAAACACAGGUCUGGACAGUGGACAGUGGCCAAGAAUAAAAUCCAAAUUUGCUGCGGAUCAAGAAAUACCUCAAACAAAACUUACGAAUUAUCUAACAUGGAUGAUUUAGAAUUUAACUCUUUCGAAUCGAAAGUCAACU